GGAGACACCACAAAGGGAAGGACAGGGUUUCUCUCAAAUACUACUGAAAAUAACACAUCUUGGUGGCCAGAGCCAUGGACAGUCAAAGGUAUUGGGCAUUUCUCCUCUGGUUAGCAAAACUCAGUUGAGUUCUUGUGUUUCUCUCAAGAAACCAGUGGGCGGGUUAGGUAGAUCCUCCAAACCUGCCCAUCUCCCUCAGAAAACUUAGAGCCAUUCUCCCAGUACUGUGAAUAUUUGCUGUGCCUUGGCAUACUUUCAUGGGAGAAGAGACAGAAGCAAAGGUUCUGUCCUUCACGAUGCCAUCUCUCCGCUCAGCCUGAAUCAGUCACGAUAAUCCUCAAGGUGACUAGAAGAAAAGGAGGGGCUAGUGACCUCCGAGGAAAGAGUUUGGCAGAAGCAGCUUGAGGGAGACUGUUGUGAUGUUCGGCCGUCCCCUCUUGUGCGCAUGCAGCUCCUACCACAGCUAACCUUUACACCUGGUGCUCUAGAGACAAAGCUAAAGGACACUUCUCUGUGAAGGUGAGCACUGCAGAUGUUUUGCACAUGAGCCCUGAAGGGAGCCUCUGAUACAUUGCCUAUAGCAAGAAGAAGGGGCCAACCUGAAGAAAAACAUGCCAUCUGCACUUGCUUUCGUCCUACUUGUUCUCAACAUCAGCCUCCUGAAGGGACAGUCACCACCAGGGAAACCUGAGAUCCACAAAUGUCGCUCUCCUGACAAGGAAACAUUCACCUGCUGGUGGAAUCCUGGGACAGAUGGAGGACUUCCUACCAAUUAUUCACUGACUUACAGCAAAGAAGGAGAGAAAACCACCUACGAAUGUCCAGACUACAAAACCAGCGGCCCCAACUCCUGCUUCUUUAGCAAGCAGUACACUUCCAUCUGGAAAAUAUAUAUCAUCACAGUAAAUGCCACGAACCAAAUGGGAAGCAGUUCCUCGGAUCCACUUUAUGUGGAUGUGACUUACAUCGUUGAGCCAGAGCCUCCUCGGAACCUGACAUUAGAAGUAAAACAGCUAAAAGACAAAAAAACAUAUCUGUGGGUAAAAUGGUCCCCACCCACCAUAACUGAUGUGAAAACUGGUUGGUUUACAAUGGAAUAUGAAAUUCGAUUAAAGCCUGAAGAAGCAGAAGAGUGGGAGAUCCAUUUUACAGGUCAUCAAACACAGUUUAAAGUUUUUGACCUAUAUCCAGGGCAAAAGUAUCUUGUCCAGACUCGCUGCAAGCCAGACCAUGGAUACUGGAGUAGAUGGAGCCAGGAGAGUUCCGUUGAAAUGCCAAAUGACUUCACCUUGAAGGACACAACCGUGUGGAUCAUUGUGGCCAUUCUCUCUGCUGUCAUCUGUUUGAUUAUGGUCUGGGCAGUGGCUUUGAAGGGCUAUAGCAUGAUGACCUGCAUCUUUCCACCAGUUCCUGGGCCAAAAAUAAAAGGAUUUGAUACCCAUCUGCUGGAGAAGGGCAAGUCUGAAGAGCUGCUGAGUGCCUUGGGGUGCCAAGACUUUCCCCCUACUUCUGACUGUGAGGACUUGCUGGUGGAGUUCUUAGAAGUUGAUGACAAUGAGGACGAGCGGCUAAUGCCAUCCCAUUCCAAAGAGUAUCCAGGUCAGGGUGUUAAGCCCACACACCUAGAUCCCGACAGUGACUCUGGUCACGGAAGCUAUGACAGCCAUUCUCUUUUAUCUGAAAAGUGUGAGGAACCCCAGGCCUACCCCCCUACUUUGCACAUCCCUGAGAUCACUGAGAAGCCAGAGAAUCCUGAAGCAAAUAUUCCUCCCACCGUGGACCCCCAAAGCACCAACCCCAAUUUUCAUGUAGAUGCACCCAAAUCUUCAACAUGGCCAUUACUGCCUGGCCAACACAUGCCCAGAUCUCCUUACCACAGUGUUGCUGAUGUGUGCAAGCUAGCCGGAAGUCCUGUGAAUACACUGGACUCUUUCUUGGACAAAGCAGAGGAAAAUGUUCUAAAGUUGUCUAAAGCCCUUGAGACUGGAGAGGAAGAAGUGGCUGAGCAAAAAGGGGCAAAAAGCUUCCCUUCUGACAAACAAAACACACCUUGGCCGCUGCUCCAGGAGAAAAGCCCCACUGUCUAUGUUAAACCCCCAGAUUAUGUGGAGAUUCACAAAGUCAACAAAGAUGGAGUGCUAUCAUUAUUCCCCAAGCAGAGAGAAAACAACCAGACAGAGAAGCCUGGGGUUCCUGAAACCAGUAAGGAGUAUGCCAAGGUGUCUGGCAUUACGGAUAACAAUAUCCUCGUAUUAGUGCCAGACUCACGAGCCCAGAACACAGCGUUGCUCGAGGAAUCAGCCAAGAAGGCUCCACCAUCGUUUGAAGCUGACCAAUCUGAGAAAGAUCUGGCCAGCUUCACUGCAACCUCAAGCAACCGCAGACUCCAACUGGACUGGUUCUCCAAGCAAAUACAAGGUGGAUCUGUACCUGGCCCUUCCUGGAGGAUUCCAGAAACUGGACAAUGCAGGGGAACUUGACUACUGAAGCUGCAGACUCAAAUAGGAGCCUCUCAAAAUGGGUUCUACCACCAUCGCAACAAAUGCUGAGAACAAGACAGAAAUUUCCCAGUGCCAAUAAUCUAGUAUCCAGGACGCCUGCCUGGUUAGACUUUAAAUUUGCUCAAUGACAAACGAGAUCAGUGUUAAUUGUGUUUCUUGAGCAGCUCUCGUUUGUUUUUCUCUUUUGUCAGCCUCAGCCAUCUGCCAUCUUGAUCCCUCAGUCUCACGUGGUGAUAUCUAUCUUUCUGUGUGUGUGUGUAUCUCUGUGUGUCUCUCUGUGUCAUCUCUCUGUCUCUAUGUGUCUCUGUUCCUCUGUGUCUUCCUUUGUCCUUUGUGUUCUCUCUCUCUCUCUCUCUCUCUCUCUCUCUCUCUCUCUCUCUCUCUCUCCAACUUGCUUCAUGCUUUUCUGGGCUUGAGUGUGCUUAAGAAAACACAUUUUACGAUCAUCAGAAUAACCCCCCCUUUAAAUAAAAAACUGUCAUAAUCA